CCAUUCAUCACUUACAUCCCCUCCCUCUCAACCAAAACUACCACCACCACCACCACCACCAUGCCCCUCCCCAACAACCGCGCCCUCCCCAUCCUCGACCACGCCUACCAGCACCACUACGGCGUGCCCGCCAUGUGCUGCUACAACCUAGAAGGCAUCCUCGCAACAGUCCGCGCCGCCGAAAAGCACCGCUCGCCCGCCAUGAUCCUCCUCUUCCCCUGGGCGCUCCAAUACGCAGGCUCCAUCCUCGUACACGCCGCCGCCGAAGCGGCCCGCAACGCCUCCGUCCCCAUAACCGUACACCUGGACCACGCACAAACACCCGAAAUAGUCCGCCAGGCCGCAGACAUCACGCCCGGAUUCGACAGCAUCAUGAUCGACAUGUCACACUACGAGAAAGCCGAGAACCUCUUAUUAACACGCGAACUCGUCACCUACUGCCACGAGCGGGGCAUCGCGACAGAAGCCGAGCCCGGGCGGAUCGAGGGCGGGGAAGACGGCGUCUCGGACACUGCGGACCUGGAGGGAGUGUUAACUACCCCCGAGGAGGCGGAGGAGUUCGUCAAUACGGGGAUUGAUUGGCUGGCUCCGGCUUUUGGGAAUGUGCAUGGGAGUUAUGGGCCGAGGGGGAUUAGGUUGGAGUAUGAUCGGUUGGAGAGGAUUAGGGAGAGGGUGGGCGGGAGGGUGAGGUUGGUGUUGCAUGGGGCGGAUCCGUUUGAUAAGGGGAUUUUUGAUCGCUGUGUUGGGGCUGGGAUUGAGUGGGAUCAUCUUGAUUGA